GCGAUACCUCAACUCCAGUAGCGAGAGGGGCAAACUGCGACGGGGAUGUCGGGAAGCCGACUACUGAGGAGGGCGCAGGUGUACACUGCAACGUGGCUAGGAGGUGCCGCGGGGAUGCGGGGCGCCGGGGGGGGACUGAGCACGACGCUGGUGGGAAAGGUGAGCGGAGUGGCAGUCGAGGGCGGCAGUGUAAGGGCACCGCGAGGAGGUCCUGGAGAAGGGAGUGCAUCUGACUGUCCGCCCGGGCCUGAUGGUGGAGCGGCGGGGGGAACAGCGGCAGGCUGCGAGGGAGCAGGGAUAGAAGAGGUCGCAGCCGCCAAGGGAGUAGGAAGGAGGUUGGAUGGGGGUGGAGGGGGUGCAGGGCGGGGGAAGCGUGCCGGCAAGAAUGGAAGAGUAGAGGAAGAAGGGGGUGCGCUCGAAGGCGCGGCCACCUGUGAGGGUGGGGGUGGCUUAAGGCCGGCGAUGGAUCAGAAGCCAGGUGAGACUGGCGCGGACUACGAAGCACGGCUGGCGGCCAUCGUAGCCGAAGGCAAGAAGCGGGCAGACGCAGCAGCARCAGCACGGAAGAAGAAAGAAGCAGAGGCAGAGAGGCUACGUCUUCUGGCUGAAGAGCAGCAACAGAAGCACGCAGCAGCAGCAGCCAAGGCCGCCGAUGAAGAACGUGCACGGCGACGCGAGGUCAUAUUCAGGGAGGAAAGUGCACUUCACGCACAGGCUAAGGAUUGGCAAAAAGAGGCCGAGAACGGCGACCCCGUUGACGUCGGGAGCAGAGUGUCUCAACUACUGAACCGCGUCACGGACCUCCUUGCUACUUGUAUUGCGCAGCAGGAGGAUAUCCAUUCGCUCGACCACACCAACCAGGUGCAACAACAGUCCAUGGACAAGAUGCUCCAGCGCAUCCAGCAGCUGGAGCAGCAGCUUGCUACCGCCAACUCCGGCGCCGGUCCUUCCGACCUCGUCGACCGCGUCAACUUUUUGGAGAUUGACAUGGGAGUACUCAAGACCGGGGCGCAACAUGUCUGCACCGCCGUCGGCUCCAGCUCGACGCCACGGGAAUCCAUUGUCAAAUUUGACGGGCUUCCGAUCUUCUGUGAAUCAUCGAAGACGGACCCCAUACCGUGGUGGCGUCAGUUUGAACUCAAGUUGGACCUUCACCACGUGAUCGACACAAACAGGCAUGCAUAUCUGUACUCCCGUUCGGGAGGAGUGUGCCAAGCAUGGCUGGAUAACAUGCUGUCCGCACAUGCCUGUACAGUCACCGAACUGCACAAGUACAUCAGCUGGGCAGAUCUCACGGCGGCGUGGAAAAAGCGUUUCCAAGUCGAACCGCCGGAGCACCUCGCGAUGGACAAGUUGCUGACGUUUUCGCAGAACAAUCUGCCAAGCGGUGAUUGGAUUUCUGAGUUCCAACGCCUGGCUAGCACGCCCAAGUUGCCGAUGAACUUCGACGGCAUCAAGCUGUACUUCAUCAAGCGGUCGUGCCCGACAUUGCAGAACGCGUUGACUCACGUCGCCGACACCCUCACCACAAGUGAGGAGCUCUUCAACAAGGCUGCGCAGAUCAUUGUCACGAAUCUGGCCGCCCGGAACACGGGCCCUUCGUCAUCUGCCGGCCAGGGCACGCAUCAGCAUUGGCCCAAGGUGGCCGUGGUCGCAGCARCAACGCCUAGCGACCCUUCAACUUCUUCGAACGAGGCUGCUUCAUCUGAUCAGGGAGCCAGACUAGCAGCUGCCCAGAAUGGUGGCCGCCCCGCCAAAGGACGAGGACGCGGCAAGCUGAAGACAACCACCAAUACUUCUUCUGGGCCCGGACAGGCAGCUCAAGAACAAGGCCCUUGGACAACAUACGGUUUGUCGCCACGCGCAUAUAAAAUUCGCACCAAGUACCGUUAUUGCUUGUGGUGCAAUAGCUCCGCUCAUGAGUCAGCGAGUUGUCCCGCGAAGGCCAAGGGUCCCUCCCAGUCGGGAAAGUGAGCACCGCCGAGAGUGUUGCGACGGCACUCUCGACGCCUUCGGAACCG